AUGAGACUGCCAUCACUUGCCAACGAUAGUUCCAACCGUCUCCCUCCCAAGCUAAAGCGUACAAAACUGAGCCAGGGACAGCCAAGAAGGCCUCAGGUCGAUCAAUAUUUCGACCUGGAAUCCAUUACUAUAGGAGAAGCUUUAGAGACAACAACUAUAUCCGUUGGCGAUAAACCCGUUGACUCAAGUGAUGCAGCUGCAAUACAAACCGCAGAAACGAUAGCCGCCGGCUGUGACGAUAGACAACGUGGUGGGCUGGGCGCCAAUGUCCAAGCUGCAGCCAGUUUCAAUGCCCGUGCAGCCCGGGACGUCACUAAGAUAACAAAUUCUGAUGUGUUAUCGGUAAUAUUAAGAAACCACAAACAAAUCUUUUCCUUUCAUUUAGAAUGCAUAUUUAGUAAAAGUAAAUGAAUUCUUUUAUGGGAUUUUUCUUUCCGAAAGGAUGCUGCUUGAAAAUUGCCUCAAGAUAAAGCGGCGACAAGUGAAGUGG